UUCCGCUAUACCAACGAUAGCAUCAGUCAAUCGAGGUGGUUCUUUACAAACCAGGUAUUAGCGCAUAGGAAAUCGGGUUUGUAACGAAUCCAAUCCGUAGAUAGAACAAAAGGCGGAUGAUGGCACCACACUCCACUCUUGCACUGCGCCGCUUCCUCUGCUCUGGCAAUGGAGCUGCCUCCGCGCUCGAUGCAGCGGCAGUGCGAAAGAAAAACCUUGUCUUCUUGGGCUCUCCCCAGGUCUCCGCCUCCGUUCUGCACAAAUUACUUGCUGCGUCUGAGGACCCCGACUCCAUUUUUCAGGUUAUGUUGCAAGCAAUUGUUACUCAACCGCCUGCUGCACGGGAUAGAGGAAGAAAGUUGAUGCCUUCGGCAGUUGCGCAACUUGCCCUGGAAAGGGGAUUUCCUCGUGAACUCAUAUUCACUCCCGAACGAGCUGCGGAGGUUGCUUUUCUGUCUAAUUUGAGUGCCCUAAAUCCAGAACUUUGUAUCACAGCGGCUUAUGGAAAUAUUUUACCUCAGAAGUUUCUUGAUAUUCCAUCAUGUGGUACAGUUAAUAUCCACCCAAGUUUGCUGCCUCAGUAUCGUGGUGCUGCUCCUGUUCAAAGGGCAUUACAGGAUGGUGUAACAGAAACAGGAGUAUCCCUUGCUUAUACUGUUCGUGCGUUGGAUGCCGGACCAGUGAUUGCAUAUGAAAAAGUGAAAGUUGAUGAGUGCAUAAAGGCAACGGAAUUACUUGCAAUUCUCUUCAACUCCGCAGGAGCUGAACUUCUUCUUCAUGAGCUUCCGUCCAUUCUCAAUGGAUCUGCAAAAUUGAAAGCACGACCACAAGAUGACAGUAAAGCUACUUUUGCACCCAAGUUGACCUCCGAGGAGUCAUGGCUCUCAUUCGAUGAAGAAGCUAAACGGAUACAUAACAAGGUACGAGCAUUUGCAGGUUGGCCUGGAACUCGGGCAAGAGUAGAAGUCGUGAAUAAUGUUGGCUAUCAUAAUGAGCUGGAGAUUAAGAUAAUCACCUCAGGGGUGUGUAGUAAUGCUUGCAAUAAAGCAAGUGAUGGAAAUGAGAUCCUCUUUUCUGGGAGUGCAUUGCUGAUUCCAUGUGCUGGGGAGUCAUGGCUUGAGGUCCUCGAGCUGCAGCUUCCAGGAAAGAAGGUUAUGACUGCUCGUGAUUUUUGGAAUGGCUUACGGGGUCAGAAGUUAAGGAAAAUAAACUGGAAAGGAGUAACACAAUGAUAUCAAGAAAUCCAUACAACUUCUGGCACUAGUCAGUCAGAUUGCUAAGGAUUCACUCUUUGACGGUGUCCGAAUCUUUGCAUAAAUAUGAAUUUUCUUUGAUUCAUCACUAAGUGCUUAGAAAUGCUCUGCUGCAAUGUGCUGCAUACUGAACUCGGCCUCUUUAAAUCUCUAGCUUACCAAUAAUGCUUAGAUGUACCUCGGUUCGAAUAAUGAGUUAAUCUGUAUAAACUCCCACCACAUUCACUUAGUUCAACGGAAUUUAAGAAUUGCUGCCUUUUUCGCGGUGAGCGACAAGCGUAAUACCUCGGACAUGCUUGUAUCCAAGUUAGUUAUGCUUUGUGAAACCUUGGAGAACAAUUUGUGCGGCAUUAGUUUAUUCUUUCUUCUUGUUUUUUCUUUUUUUUUUUUUUCUUUUUUUUAACCCUUUAACAUUUUUCUUUAGCACUUAAAGUAUCACAUGCAAAUGAAACCGCACAUAAGUUGAUGAACUCACUAUUGUCUGUUACGGUAA